AUGUGCUUCCUCCACCGCCUCGUCCGCCGCGAGCAGUCCCAAAAGUCCGAACGGACUGCCCUCCUCUCUGGUCCGGCUGCCGGUGUCACCUCCGUCCCGAUCUCAGCGACCACCUCAGAGACUCUGGGCACUUCGUCCACUCCAGCCCGGCAAACUCAUCACGGCAUCGGCCGUCGUAUCGAUAACAACGCAGUCGAUCCCGUCGAUCCCUCUACCUGCCUCACGCAUGGUGCAAGAGAGUUCGAGACGCCGCCGGUAUACGAGCGCUCGCCGUCUUAUACGCCCACACCCGCCCCGGGGGAGAGGACACUGCGCUCCUCUGUCUCAUCCGUACCCGCCACUCCUCCAAGCACCGAGGGCACAGGGGGCACAGGGGGGACAGAAGGCCCAGAGGGCACAGAUGGCACAGAUGGCACAGAAGGUGUCCAUCCUCCCGCGUACGCCAAGCAAACCUCGCGCCGCUCCACCCUCGCGCUCUUCGUCGAGGGGGACCGCUUCUCCCGUCCUCAUCCCCCCCUUUCCCCUCGUCACCUUCGUCCCCUUCGUUCCCUUCGUCCCUCGACCCGGCCUCUUCAUCCUAAGAAGAAAGCGAAGAACAGCUCGCUCCGCGCCGAUCUCCUCGGCCACAACCACAGUUCCUGGAGUCUGAGUUCGGAUAGCUCCGGUCUCGACUCGGACUCUGAUUCGGACUCAGACUCGGAGACCGACCAUGCGAAUGUGUGUGAGCGUGUGGGAGGAUUAAGGAGAGAAAGGGGAGAACUUGGAUCGCCUUGGUGGGCUGCUGCUCCCGCCCCGGUACCUGUGCGUUGUCGAUCGUAG